CAACCUAGGGAAUUGUUCGCAAAGGUGAAAAUAGUGCGUGUGUCAUUGACACUUCACCGUAAAACGCGUCGAAAAGUCGCUAAUACCGUUCGGUCCUACUCCUUACACAGGAGCAAGCGGCAUAUGAUAAAUUAAUACUCCUGAAAUUCGGUUUUGAUUUUCCCUUCGUCGUUGAGUUGCAUUCCAGAUGUUAUGUUUUACUUCAUGCGUGCCGGCGCUCACAGCCUAGCGGUCGUGUUUCGCGCUCUUGUGUCCAGCUGUCAAGUUCGGUCGAUCUCGACGCAGAUGUUACUUAACUACUUUACGAUUUCGGUAAAAGCGAAAAAGAACGUAAUCCAAAAAUCUGUUGCUGUUGAUAUACCACCACAACUCGUCUCUGCGUUAUUGCACCGUUCUCGUACAUUGAUUGUUGGUGUUUGACGUACCUUCGUACCACGCUGGUGACGCAAGAGCACCACGUACACGCUUUUAACAUCGUACGCGUACUACAGAACAAGCGACUAAUUAUGCAUAAAAAGUGUAUGUGUUUCGAUUUCGAACUUCUGAUCACCAUCCUCUCGAACAAACACGCAUCAGGAGUAGCCAUAGGUGGACUUCGACUUGCAGCUAGCAAAACCACAAGACUUGCACGAGUGUUGCUGCUAGUCCUAGUCGAGUCUUCUGCAUCUUAUCCCCUUUAAUUCAACCCCCUUACAGCAGCAAGAUCAAAUUCACCCGAUUAUAUUUACUCCUUAUCAAAUUCCUCUGGUUCUGACGACAUCAAACUUACUACAAGGCAUCUCGUUCAACAUGCGUAUUCUACGCCUAAGGACUUCUAAACUCUUAUGAGGACGAGGUUCGUCUGACGACUGAGGAAAUUGAUUCUUCGAUUUGUUGCCGCCAUUUUCAGGAAUCGAAAACAACAAAAGCCGACAGUAUGCUCCUGCGCGGCGGGAGAAGUAGAGUCCCAGCCGCUGGCCGUUCAUCUGGAGCAGUCACGACGAUUCUUGCUGCAGCGCCCGGAACGACUCCUACUGCAAGUUUUCAUCUCUCCAAGAUCUCUACAACUACAGCCAUCCUGUCGCUCGCCUUCGCACUUGUUCCCGCUACUGGGGAGAAGAUGUUGACGGCAACCACCACAUCUUCCGUCCUCCCGCACGCGCAGGCGGUGCCGACGUUUCUGGAGGCGCUGGUCCCGUGGAACGGUGGACCAGUGGAAAUCGAGGUCACCGACCGCAUUCGCUCCAAGAAGUUCAACCCGGCGUGCAUUGAUUGUCCGCUCUACUACGACCUCACCUACGAGCUGCGGCCGGCCACGCUGGCAGCUUUGAAGGUGCCACGUACUGCUGAAGACGGAAAAGUAGAAAAUCUCACAACUCCACCGGUCGAGGCGGUGGAGGAUGUGCCGCUGGUGAACCCGUACGCCAUCAACUACGGGGCCGGCCACGCGAAUCCCUGGAUUCCGCGACUGGAUUUCGAGCUAGUCCCGGCCCGAAACUUCUCUAACCCGGACGAGGAGGGGACGAAUCCUGCCGGUGGCGAAGCAGGAGGAGAUCCGGGUGUCAGGGUGAGCACGGUCGAGCAGCACGAGCGCAAGGACACGGAGUUUGACGAGGCACACCUGGAUGGGACGCAGACCCAAAUCGCCACCGACGCUGCAAGAAAUGUCAGGGCAGCGGAACCAGGACAAGGAGCGACGGCGUCAACAUCGUCGUCUGGCUCCUCGUCGUCUGCUUUCCUCCAGCUCGCCGCGAUGCAGAAAGCAGCCGCGCAGCAGCAGCAGCAGCAUGAGCUUCACGAGCUAGAGAUGAACAAGAGAUUCAACAGGAGAGUCGCAGCUACUACGACGACGACAAUGAGAAACGGCAGGACCACCUCCACAGCACGAAGUAGUAGAAGCACUACUUCUGCAGUGGCAUCGACGAUGAAAAUUCAGAAACAGCUCGUAAAACAGCAGCAGGCCGCCGUCAUCGCUGGGACGGCGCAUGGUGAAAAUUCCACGUCUAAUGUUCUGCAUUCAGUUGGAACAAAUGGAACACAUAACACCUCAUCCAACAACGCGACGACCCCCGAACCCACCACGACCCUCCCCCCCGUCCCGCGCCCGGGGCUGUUGCACGAGGACUGGCACGUGGUGCCCUGCUCCGAGGCGGAGAUCAGCUGCCCAGCCGCCCUACCCCUGUUACGGUCGGACGCGGACCCGCGGGCGCGGUGCCGGACCCCGGACGCGGACCUCGGGACAGACGACCCCGAGGAGCAGCGCGUGAUCGACCAGGAGCGGGCGGAGUGCGUGGCCGCGUGCUGCGCCGCCCCGCAGGACUACGUGGACGCGGUGCCCGCGAUCGAGCUGUGGCGCGUGCGCGGGUUCGCGGACCAGGACCUGCACUACAAGGGCCGGCUGCAGACGGACCAAACACGGCAAAUCUGGAACGCGGAGAAGACGGCGGUGGAGGAGUGGAUCACCGUGUACUCCGACGGCGCCUGCACCACCACGAUCCACACCGGGGCGAAGUACUGCCAGGACGCAGGCGCCGCGGACCAGACCUUCGCACUCCAAGACCCGGCCGGCGGCACCACGGAGCCGGCGAACUGCGACCUGUCCCUCCACGUCUGCCCGCGCCGGCUCCGCAGUCUGCGCGCGCCAGACCGCAUCCGCACCGCGAUGAUUGGGUUGUGGGACGAGGAGGCCGCGGCCGCGCAGGCGGCGGGACGCGAGAACCGCUAUUUGGUCCCGGCGGAGGACAACGAUGAGGAUGAGGACAGCAGUUCAACAUCCGAACAAACAGGAACAACCACAACGCCUCCCCCGCCGUCCCCGCGGCAGCCGUGCGGGGACAUGCAGCUGUACCCGGUCUCGAACGUGGAGUGUGUGAUGACGCGGGGCGCCGGGUGGCAGCCGUCCUGCCCCGCGCUCCCCUCGAGCGCGGCCUUCGGGGCGCAGGCGAUCGAGUUCGACCCGGUGCCCGGCGGGGUCGACGAGAACGAAUGCAAGAGCUUCCGGAUCCCGGAGGGCGUGCGGGGUGGCGAGGCGGAGGGCACACGGAACUGCCGCGAACGGUGCAACGCCGUCCACGGCUGCAAAUUUUUCUUCGUGUCGGAAUUCGACGACGGGUGGGACGAGGGCCACGGCAUCCAGUGCGUGUUGUACAACAACUGCCCCACCGCCGCCACCUACGCCCCCUCGAACCCGCGCGUGCACCCGGGGCAGAUCUACCAGUGCGUGGAGUCCGGCGGGACUAUUACCUCCGUGCCCGCCCCCCUGCCGCCGGCGCCAGUCGUACUGGGUUCGCCGGGGACGGUGAAUGCGCGUCUCAUGUUCGACACCUUCGAAUACUUGCGGCUGCACCCGCGCGCGAAGUCCCGUGACGUUUUUCAGCACCUGCCGGUCGCGAGCGCGCGGCUCUUGCUGGACGCGAAGAAGCGUCAAUUUUGCGAGGAGUUGCACCUGCAGCCCGGCGUGCUGGACGAAAAUUCGAGUGAGCAAGCGGACUUGGCCGCUGACCCGGUGCACGCGCAAAACGUGCAAUUUGCCUACGACGGGAAGACGUCGAAGUGCAGCAACGUGCUGAAGACGAAGCAGUACGUGCUGAUGGGCACGGUGAUGGAGCACCGCGGGUCCGACACUCAGUUCCGGCAGGUGCAUCACAUGCAGGGGCACGCCUGCGCGCACGCGAAGGUGUUCCGCACCACCAUUUCGGCCGCGCCGGAGCCGUUUUCCUUUUUCCUGCCCAACAAGCACCUCGCCGUCGUCACCUGCGCGCGCGACGUGACCGACCAAAAGGGCGAGGCCCCGCUCCUCAGCCAGGUUAGUGCGGAGACGCGGGACCAGGUGCGGAGAUUCAUCAACAACGACCACAGCCACCUGAAGAACCUCACCAUCCACGUGAAGCCGGAUCUGCAGAAAUUUUUCGCAGCGGACGGGACAGGGAACAAAACCACCCUGGAGCAACUUAUCUACCAUCACUUUCACGUCGCCGAGCGGAAUCGGAUUUUUUUCUUCUGUAAGGACCCCGAUCAUGGGGGCCUCAAAAUCUGCAGCACGGAUGAGGAGACGCAAGAGGAAAAGUACACGCCCAGUGGACACCCGGGAACGGUACUUACUUCUAGUGUUUAUGAAUUUGUUUUCGGGCUGCAUCAGCGUCAUUUUUGUACGUUGUAUGUACAACGUACAAAAAUGACCCUGAUGCAGCCCGAAAAGUACACAGGCUGUACUACAGCAAGUAGUAGUCUGACUCGGCUCAUACGAAAUGCUUGGAAUUUGGGCCUGAUGCUGGAAACAAAACAUCAAAGAUUUAGAUUUACUACAAGCUGCUUUGAUGGAAGAAUACAAAGCGAAAACAAACUUAGAGCAGCGCACCCAGCGCACCAUUUGCAUUUGAAAGAGAUGUAGUUCUAGAUCCAAUGUCGUGAUCAUGGAAAUUCAACCCCCAAAAAAACAAACUACAGCCGCCCACCAUUCCGCUGUGGCUCCAGAUUUUGGUAGACGGGACCUUGUUUCUCCUCAGUCCGAUAUUAAUCUUUGGCUGCCUGGGUGACCCUGCGGAGAAAAGGAAACAGGCCACUGCAGCUGCGAAGAAGGCCGCGAAGAAGGAGCCAGCAGUGCCGCCGGCCGCGGCUGCAGUGUGAGUUGGUGGAAGUAAGUAGAUACUGCUGUUGUUGUGCGAGAAAGCAACAGCAAGAAGUCCAGAACGAUAUUUCUGAAGAAGAAUUUGUUUUCCCUUGAAAUUUUUAGUAUUCACAUACACGAGUUUAUUUCACUUCGUUUUGCAAACAUUAACAUUACCACGCAUCGUCACGCUUUGAGCUGUACAGUAAGAUUAACAUAGACUACAUAUUAGACCACUCGUAGUUUGACCCCGAAGAGAAGUACUGUAACACACGUUUGUACAUUCUUAAAUAAAGAGCGUAUUCGUAAAAUUCGUUCCCUCCACGACAACAAAGAGUUUUAACUCCUCACGACCUCUCAUUUACUACUAGUAGUUUUAGAGACCAGAACCGAAACCGAAUGAAGACUGAGAACUUCAAGAACAUCAAACCUACCUAGCAUUAGCUGUAGUACGAGGCAAAAUUAUUAGCGACCCCGCGCGUUAUUUCAGUUGUACUUUUCUAUUUAAUCGAACUCGACACACAACCGUACAGAGGAAACGUCUACAACGGACCUUCAUGUUGCUGUAUCCCGGCACGAAUUUCUUAAAAAAAUAAGCAAGACCGCCCAUCACAUCUGUGGAGCCCCAGAAGGACGUGAAAAGAUAGUUCAUCAAGAGUUUCUGAUGUUUCACUAAAAGUAAACCAAUAUAUAGGUGGUCAAGAACAUGAUCAAGGAAGUACUAAGUACACGUUUCGUAUAU